GACUCGAGGGGCGCUGUAACUUAGGAUACAGAUUGCAUACCCACGCUGCUCCAUAGGCCCCACCAUUUAAUAUAUGUUUUAUUCACGUUAUUCAUUUAUUUUGAAUAAUUAUUUUAAGAUAUGAACAAAAAAGAAUGAGACGGAUUCAAAUCUGAAGUGGACCGCACCAUGAGAAGAGGGUGGUGAUUGAACGCUUACUAUUAAGACUUUGUAAGGUUUAAUGUAAUGUUUAUUUGCCAUCCAACCCGUUGAUUAUUAGGUCACACAAAAUAGAUGAAUGCAACACACCAAUAUCUCCUCAAGCAAAACUUUCUUAGCCCAAAUAAGUUUUUAAUGGUGGGCAUUUAAUCAUCAUUGUUUCCUGUGGUGUGGUUCACGUUAAACCUGAUUCUAUCUUAUUUUUGGGCUCGUGAUCUGAAAUAGUAUGGAAAAAUGGAUGGACGGCGUGGAUAAAUUACAUACGUCCUGGUGGGGCCCACAGUACACUAUCGGUGUUAGUAUGCAAUCCGCAUCCCUAUAACUUAACGGUCCCCACUAGAGCAUUUCUCCUUGUACCAUUACAAGUGCUGCAUUUCUCUUCAUAGCCGUCCAUCCAUGGUGAGAAUAAACACACCAACGGCCUGGAUCAUUUAAUCCAUGUGCCCCAAUUGCAAAACCAUAAAAACCCGAGUAUACUCGAGGACCAUACAUUCUUCCUUCCCAAUAGGCAAUAACGAACCUUAUCCCUUCCAAAACAACUCCAAACGAAAGUAAAAAAGAACCUCUUCUCUCCCAUGGCUUCUUCUCCCACAAACCCUUUCCAACUCCUCCCCCACCCCAAAUUCCUGCCAAAUCCGCCCCUCUUUUUGUCAAAAGCAACCCCAAAACUUCCUCUCCUUAAAAAACCCCACCCCCUCAAAUGCGCUCCAAACCCAAACCCAGCCCCAGAAAACACCCAGCUCGAGACCCAAAAGAAAUCCGACGUCUUGAAAAAACCCAAAUCCCCAUCGACUCUAAGCCGUCCAGAGCCCCCCAACUUCGAGAUCGGGUGGAAACGGACGAAGGAGAUUAAGCUGGAGAAGCCGAAGGGGUGGAUGAUCAUGGAUUUUCUGGAGAAGCUGGAGGGGCUGAUGGUGAGGAGGGAGUACGGAUCGACGAAGCUACUUGCGAAGGUGGGGGAGAUAGUAUCGGAGAGAGCGAGGGAAGAGGCAGAGGUGCUGAGAGAAGGAGGAGAGGUGGAGGAGAGGUUGGUGACGGAGCUGGGAAGAGUACUGAGACUGAUGGAGAUGGAUUUGGAGAUGGUGAGAGCUGCUGUGAAGGAAGAGACGUUGAAUGAGAGGCUUGAGCAGGCAAAGGCCAGGUGCAGACAGGCUAUUCUCGUCGCUAAUUCUUUCUGAUAUGCAUGUAUCUAUGUAUAUGUAUAUGGAUGGAUAGACAGAUGUAUGGUGAUGAAAGAGAA